AAAUAACCGAGUUACAGGUAAACAUAAACAAAAUCAAAGAUGGCGUCGGGUAGGAGUUUGACAGAUAAAAUGGCAAGAGCAUCGUGUUCUAGCACAGUUAAGUUCAAGAAUGUUAAUCCAAGAUUUAAGCCGUACGACGCAAAAAGGCCAAAAGGUCGCAGUGGUCAUUGCAUGUGUUCAGAUGAGUCAGAUAUCUAUGUUUUCGGAGGAUACAGUCCAAUGGACGAAAGAAACGGAGUAAGACAAAGUCGAGUUUUACCUGAACUGUGGAAAUUUAACUUUGCAUCUCAAAAAUGGACAAAUGUAAAAUCAGAAAACAUUCCAACUACAUGUGCCUCAGCCUCUAUUGCGGUGCAUAACAAACAAGUGUUUGUUUUCGGUGGGACUGGUUACCCAUUUGGACAAAUUAUGAGCAACACAAUAAAAACACUUAGAAUGAAGCAACCAGCCAAUCUACAAGCUGCUGGUGAAGAUUGCAGUGAAAAAACAAAAAUUAAGUUAUGCUGGCAGUUACUUGAAACAAAUGCAAUGUCGUACAGCGGGGUGGCACGUGGAAGACGAAACGGCCUCCAGCUUACGGACAAAUUUUUCGGGGAAAAAAUUCGAUUGGGGAAAAGUUUCCAAAGGAAGAUUAAAAAGGAGGUCGUCAAAGAUGCUGAAAGAUUUUAUGUGCUUGGAGGUGGAAGACUUCACAAUGCCGAGAGCCUUGAUAAAGUGUACAUCUACCAUAUAGCUCGAAACCAUUGGUCAGAACAUGUUACUUUACCAGAUUCUGUCCAUGGCUUCCCACUCCCACGAUGCAGUUUUGGAUGUGCACAGGAAGGCAAUAAUGUGUAUAUAAGCGGAGGAAGGCAUUAUAACAAUGACAUUGAACACAGAUCCCUCACAGAUAUCUGGCAUCUUAGAUUGGACACUCUUCAAUGGACAAAGCUUGCAAUGAAACUCCCAGACCCUUUGUACUUUCACAGUGCAGUUUGUUCCCCUUCUGGUCACAUGUAUGUGUUCGGUGGUGUUCAUAAGGAUGGAUACAGGGCUCCAUUCCUUUACAAAAUAAGACUUCCACUAACUAUGCCGAAGCUGUCAGAAUUAUGCUGGGACAAAGUUAGUGUUAUGGCUCGUGUUCAGAAAUUCAUGACUCCUAAAGGCCUUGCCGAUAUUGGUGUACCAUGGAACUUCAUUGACAGAGUUAAGGAAUAUUAAUUCAGUCUAAACUCUUGUAUCUGGUCAACUAAAGCAAGUGAUGGUUUUCUUUCUUAUAUAGAUUCACUAUCACAUCAACUUGCAGCGUGUUCAGUAAAAGCGUCUCUUGUAAACAUUUUUAAAGCAAUACCUUUGAUAUUAUUAACCUGCAAUAUUAACUUUAUCGUGUGAUUGAUAAAGGAGCAAUAAUGCCUGAUAAUCACUGCCAAAUUUCUAAUAAAACAAAACAAAGGUAAAUUUAUAUAUGUUAAAUUCUACCAUCUAAACAUUCAGCGGUCAGUACAGAUGCUGUUAAUCGUAAAAUUAUAGUAUCAUAACAGGAAUUUAAUUUAUUAGUUUGAAGUUCAAAAACUUAGUUAAAGAGUCACAAGAAAAUUUA